GACAAGAAGAGAAAGAGGAAAGAGAGAAGAUAGGGGAAGAAGUUCAACAUCCUCACGGUUGCUAUCAGCAUAGCCACUGCCGCCAUCCUUGGCCGCAGACUGACUUCCGGCCACUACAGCACCACCACAGCUGAGAAGACGAGUUCCCUCCGCCAACGCACGACAGACCAAGGGAAGUCCACCACGCCGCUCAGGGUGAAUUUUACCUGGAACCGCCGGCCAUCCAACACUGUCCCCACCGUAGCACCAGAGCGCUGUUGCCACCCAUGGUCGCAGCCCAGCUUCAUCCCCAGGGGACAUCCACCAUCACCGGCUCACUGAGGAAGCCAGCAGUCGGCACUGCUACCGCCAUUGCUUAAAAUUGAUGGCCUUGCCGAUGAAGACCCCGUUGUUGCUCCUGGGAUGCACCGUCAUCGCUGCUAGUUCUAAAGCUUGUCCGCAGUCGCCAUCUCCACUCUUCAAAAUUGCCGCUCGCUCACCAUCACUCGGCCUUAUCCGAGGUCAAAUUUGUCUUGUGGAGCAGCCGCCGGACACCAUGAAAGAACGAAACAUAUCCAAAGAAGGCACCACCACCAGCGACAAAAUGGUUGCGACUGCUGUUGUUCAAUUUGUAGCGGUCACGUCAAAAUCUGCCUGAUACUCUUGCAGCCGUGGAAAUAUAUUGACCCACGUUGUAGCUUGAAUCGACCCCUGUUUCAGCUCUGAAAAUGGCAAUCACUGCCGCCACCUGGUUCGUCAUCAGAGUCGUAGUCGCGGCCCAGGCCCGCCAUCAUCGUUACUAGCCAUAUCGACCAUAGUUUUUUUGAAGCGUUUGUCAUAACCGCCAUUGAAGAGGAAGAAGGAGAGCAUCAUGCUGCCACAAUUUCAUAAAAAAAAUCAGACCUGUUCGUUGCCGGUAAUCUCGGUAUAUAUACUCCGUAUCUGCUAUCGCCGCCCCCAAUCACCUCCGCCGUUGGCACUGAAGCUAGUCCAUAUCUACUACCUCACAUUGGAUUCCAUUUCGUCCAUCUCACGUCCAAGAAGAACAAGACAAGGGAGAGAAAGAUGCAUAUACGUGGUAGAUUUUUCACCCAUUUUGAUAAAGUGGAAUUUAUUAUUGCUGUGAGAGAGAUAAAGUAAGGAUUGAAGAUUUUGAAGGAGAAUUUCUCUGCCAAUGAGAGCAACAAUGUGGAUCGUGUUAAAGCAAACAAAGGGGGACCAAGCACAUCCACUCCUCAAGAAGAGACUAGCCGUGCCCAAGUUUGGGAAGCUCGCCGCCACCAUCCACGCCCUAGAGAAGAAGAGGCCCCGAGCUGGCUUAGGUGAAAAAAGAUCUUAGACGCUAUAACUUGAAUCCGUGACGACGUUCGAAGGGUGAACAAGAGGAUCGAUUGUUUGGAGGAAGGUUGUCACUCGUUUGCGGCACUCGGCGUAGUUACUCUGGCU